ACUACAACAACUCGGAAAGAACACAACAGUCACAACAUCAAUCACAGCAAAGUCACUUUACAAAAAGGCACCAUACUGCAAACUGUUAACAGCCAUGUGUCCGAAUAUCACACCUUAUCAUCAGUGGAUUUCCCUUCUGAAAUUCUGUUUAGUGAUUCAGCAUGGUUUAAGGCAGUGAAGAAAACUGAAUGCUGCUGACGUUAUGAACACUCUGGAGUUAGCGGCGCAGCUGGAGGAGUGUCUCCACCUGGCGAGGAGAGACAUCACUGCAGCGGACAAGGAGAUGUUCAAGAAUGCCACAGGCAUGCUGUCUGCUGAAGUGAACACUCUCCUGCAGGAGGCAGUGAACAUGAAGUGGCCAUUUGUUGAGGAAAAAUGGCAGUACAAGCGUUCAGUGGCAUCAGAAGACAAAGUGAAUACUACAGAUCUCAUUGGCAGACAUCUACCUCAGCUAAUGGUCUUCCUCAGAGCAUCCAUCAUGGCUGCCGAGUCAGCAUGGGCGAUGUCCGUCAUAUUUCUGCUGGACCGCUUUCUCUACUGGAUAGACAGCUCUCACACACUGCUGAAGAUUGCUAAAGCACUACAUAUGCGCUACCCAGAAACCCCGGUCGCCCCUCAGAUCAUCAUCCGGCAGGCCAGAGUCUACCUCAACACUGGUAAACUACAGAAAGCAGAGUACAUACUGAGCAGUCUGAUAAAUAACAAUGGAGCAACUGGAUGUUGGAAAUACCAGCGGGAUUGCGAUCGGGUCCUUGUGCAGUCAGUCAGCGUGCAAGUUCGGGGACAGGUGCUACAAAAGCUAGGUCUGUGGCUGGAGGCAGCAGAACUCAUCUGGGCUUCACUUAUCGGUUUCCAUGUGCUGCCUCUUCCUGAUAAAAAGGGUAUUGGAACAUCUCUUGGGCUUCUAGCUAACAUCCUGAUCUCUAUGAACGAUAAAGACUUUGCUACAUUUCAGAAGAAGCCUCAUAUCGACCUGGGGUUUUUGGGAGACUGUAAUCAUCGACUGCUCUGCGCAGCUCAGGCUGCCAAAAUGGCCGCCGUGUACAGUCAGUUCGGCUCUCUGUAUGUAUUUACCCACAUGGUUACUCAAGGAACAUGUCUCCUGUCCUACAGUUUUUCCAAAGACUGUCCUGCUCCAGCUAAGCGUACAUAUCUCGCUUUGGCUAAGGAAGCCUUUGAGAAUGGUUUGCUAACGAAGAAAGACGAUGAAGUGGUGACUAGUCAACAGGAACUACACACACUCCUCAAAGCAGCUUACUGCGUAGCCACAACCAACAAAUGGAUGUUUGGACCAAGUGAACAGGUUAACGCGGCUGUUCAGGCUUGCCAGGAAGCUGUGGGUUUUUUUUAUUCUUACUGCUUUAAAGACAACUCUGAUAAAAACGCACUUUCUUCUGAAGUCAUGGCGAAGCUACAGCAUGUUAAGGCGCUUCUCAAAAUGAAGCCCUUCAAAAAUUCUGACCCUCGUUCGUUCAUUCCUGAUAGUUAUCGUGCCAUUGAGGACAGACCAGUCCCGUUCACCAUUGAUGAUUUUGCAAAGGUCAUGGAAUGUUUUCAGAAGCACCACAAAUCAGUGUGUGAAGCUUUUUCGGUGCAGAAAUGUGGAGGAAACCAUCAAGACGCAAGUCAUGCUAACUGCAUCACAGCUGUCCAAACGCGAACUGAGUCAUUUGCAACAGAAUGUCAUACUAUAAGCCAUAAAUCGAGUGAAUGUCAGCUGGGGAUCGAAAACAAAAACAUUUUGGCCAAGCCGGAAAUCUCAGAUCAGCUCGCAGAAACCGUCUCUGAUACAAAGGACAGCGAGGAAAAGAAGCCAGGUGAAAAAGUCCAAAAAGCUAAAAUUUCAAGAAUGUCUGGAGGAAGCAGCAGUUUAGGAUCUUCGUGGACAAGUCUGUCUGAUAAUAGUGGGAAUUCACCAGUUCUAGUCGAUCCUUUCUGUUGCACAGAAGUAGAUGACGAUGAUGGUGUUGACAACAAGCAGAACAGACAUAAUGAUAUUGAAGGCAAACGUGCCAAAUCUGCUAAUGCUAGCAAUCAAACCAGAAGAGAUUUUUCCUUCCAAGCUAGCACAAGUCAUUCAAAGGGGAACAUGCAAGAGCUUUGCACCACUUUGGGAAGUGAAGACAACAGUGAUGGAGGUACAGGAGAUAGCAUGUCUAAUGCUAGCCAUGGAGCCUGCACAGAGCUUUCCUUUCUAGCUAGUGCUAGUCAACAGCAGUCAAAUCAAGAACUUUUCACCACAUUGGGAAGUGAAGACUACUGUCAAAUCACCAAUAAUUUUGAUGGGAAAGACAAAAAGACAAGAACUUCAUCAGGGUCCAUUAGUAGCUUGGGCUCUUCAUGGCAAAGUAUCUCAUUCUCCAAAUCACCUCACAUUGGAGGUUUUACCGAGGUCUUGGAGAACAAGCAAGCAGUCGAUCAAAACUGUGACACUUUACCAAGCCCCAGUAGUUCUUUUGAGUCUCUAAACCUCAAUUCUUCAGCAUCAUCAAUUCAAAAAGAACACUUUAGUCCUUCCUACCAGACAGGAAAUGAUUCAAGCAAAGCCCAGACUGGAAGUUUCAAUAACAAACAGUCAUUACCAUCUACUGAGUUUGACUCAUUUGAAUUUUUGCAGGUCGAUCAUUCUGAAGCAACACAAGGAAUCACAACUCCAGCGAACAAACAUAUGGAAGGCAACAUAAAGGUUUCUCCUCCUGAUGAAAUUAAAGUUGAUGCCUACAAACAGUCUUUUAUGUCUGGAAAAAUGACAGAGACUGCAGAUAGUGAUCAGUGUUUGUCCAACGACAGCCUUUUUUCCAAUAUGAACUGUCGCAACGGCUGUUUUCAGGGUUGCAAAAUGGGAAGUGUAGUUUUGACAGAGCAGGACUACAGAUCCCUCCUCUCAGGAGUGUGCCAAGGUUGCCUACUGAGGAGGCUUCCAGACAAACCAUUUAAACUCAGCCAUUACAACAAAGCUUAUAGUGCACUUGUGUUAAAAUACUCCAAGACUACAGACUCGUGGACCGCCUGUGAAACGAAUGUGUAUGUGGGUGAAGUGCUAAAGAUGGAUGUUGAAGGAAGACAGAGACAGGCGUUCAGAGUUCAGUAUCUACACCAGGAGAUACUGCUGGGCAGUUAUGUAGGAAAGGAGUAUUUGAAAGAAAGGAAGAUUGACACACACCUGGGAGAUGUGGAAAGACAGAUGACGGCUCAGUAUUAUGUCAUGGAGUUCAACAAGCGCCUUUAUGAGAACAACAUCACCACACAGAUCUUCUACCUUCCCUCUGAGCUACUGCUGCUCCUGGAGUCUGACACCAUCUUGGCCUGUAUUUCAGUGGAGCCAUACAUGCUGGGGGAAUUUGUGAAACUCACCAACAACACAACGAAAAUCAACAACCUUCAUUCGACCACAGAAUACGGCAUUGCGUUCGGACACUUCACUUAUGAGUUCUCCAACGGGCAAGAGGUGGUGGUAGACCUGCAAGGCUGGAUGACAGCAAAUGGGAAAGGACUGAUGUAUCUUACAGAUCCUCAGAUCCACACGCUCAGGAAGCCCAAAUCUGUCAAUAACUUCCAUCACAACGGUAUCAGGAAGUUCCUACAGGAUCAGCAUGGAAAGCACUGCAACUCCAUCUGUACGAGGGCUGCACUACACACACUCCAACUACAGAGUGAAAAUUAGCAUGAUAAUAAACAUUACUGAGUUACUGACAGUCCAAAUGUUACAGAUUUUAUAGAAUAUAUCACAAUAUCUGCUUACAGUUUCAUGUUUUCAAAAUAGACAACAUUAAAAAGAAAUAACUGCACAUAGAUAGAUAGAUAGAUAGAUAGAUAGAAACACUGCCUUCCAUCACACCACCUACAAAUGACAGGGUACUGUGUAAUCUCUUAAAGUAUUUUUUUUUACACAGUGUGUUCUUUCUGUUUUCUCUGUCAGUUCUCUCAUAUACAGUAGGUUUUGAUUUCUGAUGUAUUUGAUGACUACAGUCUCAGUGUGUGUGUGUGUGUGUGUGUGUGUGUGUGUUUUUAAGAGAUUUAAAUAAAUCAUGUGAACAGCUUAAUAAACUUUUUGGGUGUGUGUGU